GACACCCCUACUCCAUACUCACUGAUAUUAAUUUUUGCUUCCAUGGCUGGCUGCAAAUCAGUAGCUUCAUCAAAAAAAUCGCCAACUUAAUCGACCCCUCAAACCCCUCAAUUGAAACAGCACAGAUUAAUCUGAAAGAGGAAAUGAAAUUGAAAGUUGUAUCCAGAAAAGUAUUCGAUUACAUUCGCUAUGAUCUGAAAGAAAUAGCGUUUCCUUCUUCACUUCCAGACCCGCCCCAUCUCAAACGACCCAAAUUAACUUGGACCGACCGGUAUCUGAUUCUGAAAGAGGCAUCAAGGCUUUAUGCUGCUAGUUGGGUAAGGGAUAUUGGUCCUGAACUUAGGCCUCAUGAGUAUAAAAAGAAGGAUGAGGACAGUGAAGAUAAAGCCAAUGGAACAAAGGGUACAUCGACUCAAGAGAAAGAGCCUUCAGUGAUUGAAGAUCUCGCCGUGGCUGCAAAAGGAGGAAUGGAGACAUUAAGGCCUGCUUUGCAGCGCCUGUACAUGACAAGAGCUUCAGCAUAUAGGGAUGCUCUAAGAAGUUUUAUCGAAGGAUACAAAGAAGGUGUCCAACAGGUCAUGGAGAAGAAGGAAGAAUCUAAAACUCAACAAGAGGGUGAUUUUCCAAAGAAUUCUACUUGACUAAUUAAUAUAUGAUGUGGCUGUCCAAGUUUUUGUUCUUCAAUGCACUGCUCAUGCAAGUAAUGGCCCUGUUAAGUUGUUGGAAAUUGAUGCGCCAGCAAAGAGGAUGUAAGAUGUUUUAGGCUGUUCCAUCCUCGUAAACGAGUUAUAUUGUACGUUAGCCUAUUGUAUAUUAAGAAUUAACUAAGAAUCCACCGAAGCUGUAGCAUUUUUUAUUCUAUUGAUUUGGUCUUGUCUUAUCAAAUCAUUUAGUGCG